GUCCAAUGAGGAACACCGUAGAUCCCUUCUUGUUAUUAAUUUUGAUAUUCAUCCAUCCCCUUCAAGCCAAUAAUGCUUGCCUUCAUUGGGUUAAAAUUUCUUCCCUGUACAAUUGGACGGCUGAGAUUUCCUCCAAAGACCCCGUUCUUCUCAUGGAUCAUUCUCAAUUGAAUCCCCAAUAUCACCGGGCUCUCAGAGUCUCUUGUUUGUAUGGCACCAUCUUGGAAUCGAAUGGAACUGAGCUUCAAGGCUUUCUAACAAGUUUUCAAAACCUUAAAAUCGCUUCGAAGUCCUUUGUGGAAAUCCAUACUAACCUCUCGAACAACAGGAUUCCGUUCCUGAACAAUAUUCAUCGCAGUUUCAACAUCAUCCUUGGUGAUCGAAUCCAUCUUCCACCAUCUCUACAAAUAAGACCCAUAUCUGUGACUUUAUUUAACCUAUGGCCUCGUCAUUAUUCCACUCCAACUGGUUCAAGGGGGAUAGAUCUUUCAUUGGUGCAAGCCUUGGCCAAGAAUCUCAAAUUCUCCUUCAAGUUUUUGCCGGUCGCUUUGAGCAUUAACCCUAAAACUCUGCCCAAUGGAACAACUGUGGGAAUCAUUCCAGACGUUCAAAAUGGCGUGGCAGACAUUGCCAUCUGUCAACUGGCCCUUACUCAUAACCGAUAUCAGAUGGUGGAUUAUGCACCCAUUCUGUCCGAGCACGAUGUGGCUUUGGUGGGUCCGGUGGCCAAACCCAAGAGUGCAUAUGAGGCUUUGAUCUUACCCUUUGACCACUGGAUCUGGGUCUGUCUUGGGAUUUCAUUGGUCGGAUCUUUUCUAAUAUUGGCAUCUUUCAAGAUUUACUUGAAUCCCGAUAAAAGUGUCUCAACCAACAUCUACGAGUCCUUCUGUCUGGCCAUUGUCCCACUGAUUCAAGAGAGCAUUCCAUUCCACCACUUUCAAGUCAACGGAUUUGGAUCCAUGUACUGUUUCCUUUUCUUAUGGAUGGCAAUGGGGCUUCUUUUAGCAUUGGCCUACAAAUCCACUUUAUUAGCCACCAUGACCAUGGUCAAUUUCAACGGUGUGAUCGACACUCCUGAGGAAGUCCUGAAAACCAACCUCCCCGUUUAUGUUCUCUCCCAGUCAUUGAUGGAAACCGCACUCCUGGAAUCUCCUCGGCAGAUUUAUCGGGACAUCUAUGACAAUAAUAUCACCCCUUUUGGAACGGCUCUUCCUCUUGGGAUGACCCCGCCGGAUAUGACCGAUAAUGUGGACAAGGGCAAGGCAUUCAUGGUGUCCACCAGAACCACCAUGAUGAGACAGACCAAAUACGUCACGUUUCCGGAAUCGAUUUUCAUUGGGCCCACAUCUUGGGUGGGUCAAAAGGGGAGCAGAUUCUUAGAUAUGAUCUCGGAUCCGAUCAUGAGACUUCAAUCCAGCGGCAUAGUUGACAAGUGGUUUCAAGAUGAACUUCAUAUCGUUUUAAGGGGUCGAGAUAAUGAGCGAAUUCAGGCUAGACAUCAACCGAUUAAUAUGAGUCAUAUGACGCCGCCGUUUCUUCUUUUAGUGGUCACUUUGAUCAUAUGUAUCUUUCUUUUUUUGGCUGAAACCUUUUGCCGUCGUCUCAAAACUUGGGUCAACAAAAGCCAUUUACACAGAAUGAAAGAUUAAAGAAACCAUAAUCUGCAUAUUCGUCGGCAUCUGGGGAAUUGUUGUUUCAUAUCCUGUUUGCUUUUGACUAAAGAUAAACGUGAAAGCUAAAGGCAUUCAAAAUUUUGUUCCAUGUAUUAGAAGGAGAAAAUAACAUGUGUAAAGCAAAAUAAUCGAUUUGGUACGGUUGAUCCCAUGUCUGUUGUGGUAGGAACCUAAGGUUUACUUAUUGUUACAACUAUAAGUA